AUGGCUUGCAACGAAAACAUAAUAAAGAACAUAGCAAGCGAAGUGACGAGGAAUUGUCAGGGGCGAUACGUGACAGUGGAAGAGGAUUUUGUUACGUAUUUGAUCGGAUUGCUUCUCUUGAAUCCGAAGUACGGAAAACUGUUCAAUAAAACUAUCAACAGAAACAAUUUGGAGUAUUUCGUUAACGAAUGCGUCGCCAUGUUGACGAGGGGCGAAACAUCCAUUACCACUUUAAAGAUGCAGUUUAUCAUGCAGACAAAUUACGACAAGCUCCAAAAUCUCAUCGACAAACAUUUGGAGUCCAUUGACAGUUGCUUACGUCCAUUGGUGAAUGAGAUAUUGGACGAAGAGCCAGAGCCAAAUGAAGAAGACGAUUCUAAGAAACUAUUCAGAAAGAUCUCCAUCUAUAUUAUACUAGUUAGUGGUUUAGGGAAUCCAAGUCAAAUAAUGAAUCUUAAAGAAGGUGUAGCGGCAUUGGAAAGUGUAUUCUCUCUUGACGACUUAAAAGUGUUUGUUGCACUUCCCGUCUCGGAGAAGUUGACGCAACUCCACGAAUUGGUACAGAUUGUAUCUGGAGUCAGACUUUUUAAUAGGGAUUGCCAGAAAGGCGGUGAAGGUAUACCAGACUUACCUUUCAACUUAGUGGACGCUGGCAGGGCCUGUCUAGCCUCUUUGUCCAACAACCUCAUAGUGGUGAUGCAAAGAGUAAACACGCUGACCACCGCCAUAGAAGACAGUAUUAUUGUACAGAAUGAGACUGGCAAUGUGGAGAUUAACGUGGCUUCUGAAUUCACUCGAGACGACUAUAACCAAAUAUUCGAGCUUCUGGCCUUCUAUCGACAGUACGAAAUAUACACAAGAAAGUUUCUAAACGAUGUCGACGUUCUAGUACAGAGCGCGACGCAGUGCGUAGAGCGAGUGCGGAUUAUUUUGCAGGAGCUGCACACAGCUGUGAAGUACAAAGCUGCGGUGCCGGUCGGAACUGUUUUUCCACUAUUCUCCAAGUUAUGGCAAGUAUGGCGGGACAUGCAAAAUAUAAUGUUCCUAGUAUCGACCAUCAACCGUUUGAUGACAACCCUGACCAGUGUAGAGGAACAGAUAAAGAUGCCCACCCAUAUCCUGAACAGAAUGCUAGUGGGCAAGCAAGUGCUGAACGACGAGGAUCGCAUGGGGCAAGUGAGGAUCGAAGAGAGGCUGUCUUUAGGGUCUUUGAAGAACUACGUUACAAGUGACAGUAAGAUGACGGCGUUUAAGGAAAAUAAUGUACAGUUUCUAGGAUUUUGCGCUGUGUGCUUGUCCGUGGGUGCGCUGAUCCCCAGCAACGUGAAGAUUGGACAUAUCAAGUCCAUGGGGAGCCGCUACGGAUUCUGUAAUGUUAAAAUGGCCACGUUAUUUAGCAAAACUCCUCAAAGGUACAUAAACGAAGUGCUAGAUUACGCUCGGAACAAUCCGCACGUGAUAAACCUGCUCAAUAUCCUAGACGAAGUGGACAGAGUAAAGGAUGUCGAUGUGCUUAUCAGCAAACAUCUGCCAAAGACGGAGGUGUGUGACAAGGACAUCCAAACGGAGACGCAUCCUGUAGACAGUUACAUUGAGAAAAACUACACACCAGAUCUUUGGGAAUGGAAGAGGAGAGCUUGCCAAUUGGCCACAAUCGUGAACUGUCGGACUCAUUCCACUCAAACGAACUACAGCCACCUAAGAUCAGAGAUCCAGUGUCAGACUUCAGAGCUUCGAGACAAGGGGCUGCAAACUAAAAAGGACUGCGGGGUUAAUACUGCCCCGAAAAAUACUUUCUUGUGGGGUCUGAGAGGACAACUGGGAGAUGGGCAACAUGUACUACCAUUGAAAGAUGCACCACAUUUGGAGAAGCAAAAGGCACAACCCAUAAGAACGUGUAACUGGCUUUGUCAAAAAGCUGAUCAAAUUGGCGACACUGAAUCAUUAAUUGAAGCAAUUGAAGCCCAAACCAUAUCGACCGACGUAUGCCGUGAAGAAUGA